AUGGCAAAAAUAGAAACAGAAGAUCACAGAACAGCACUUUCUCAGCCUUCUUCAUCAUCCUUGACUAAAGCCAUGAAGGAAUCACAGCAAAGCAACUCUGAAGGCACUUUCAAUGGGGAUAGCUUUCACUCCAUUGACAAAUAUAGUUCAAAUUAUUUACCAAGGGAGUUUAUGUCAUCCCAGGCAAAAGCAGUUAUUAAAACUACUAAAGAUUAUUUGCAGCCUCAGUUUGGCCCCAACAGACUGUUGCUUUCAGCAGCAAUAUCAGAAGGGUCAGGACUUCAAAAUUGCUCCACACAUCAAACAGUAUCAGAUCAUAGGCAUGGUGAAAUAUCAGACCCGGAUAGCUACAAAUCAAACAGAAAUAACAAUUCCUGUUUUAUAUCAGCAUCCAAGAGAAACAGACCUGUCAGUGCUCCGGAGGGUCAACCGAGAGUUGCAGAGUUCUCUUCUUUAAAAUUUCAGUCGGCCCAGAAUUGGCAGAGAAUCUCUCAAAGACAUAAGCUUCAAACCAGAGUGAUUAGAGUAACAGCUUACAAAAAUGGAUCUAGAACAGUCUUUGCCAAAGUUGCUGUACCAACCAUCUCCUUGUUGCUGGAGGAGUGCACGGAGAAGCUGCGUCUGAACAUGGCCGCACGACGAGUGUUCUUGGCAGAUGGCUCUGAAGCCCUCGAACCUGAAGACAUACCCCAUGAAGCCGACGUUUAUGUUUCAAUGGGAGAGCCCUUUUUAGAUCCAUUCAAAAAAAUUAAAGACCAUCUGUUGUUAAUGAAGAAAGUAACUUGGACAAUGAAUGGGCUGAUGCUUCCUACUAAAGUCAAGAGACGAAAAACCAAGCCUGUUCUUUCUACUAGAAUGAAGAAACUUACUGGGAAGACCUCAGUCCGAAUUCUGUUCUUUAAGAAUGGCAUGGGGCAAGAUGGACAUGAGAUUAUAGUGGGAAAGGAAACAAUGAAAAAGGUUUUAGAUACUUGCACAAUGAGGAUGAACCUAAAUUCACCAGCCAGACAUCUUUUUGAUUUGUAUGGCAGAAAAAUUAAAGAUAUUUCAAAAGUUCCUCUGCUUGAAAAAUGCUUGCAAAAUUCCAUCACACCUUUGCGGGGACCAGUUUGGGUCUCUAAGGGAGAAGGUUUCAGCCCCUCAGGAGCUAAGAUAUACAUCCAAGGAGUUCUUUUGGCCUUGUACCAACGCUUAAAGUCUGCAAAAAAAUACUAUAAACAGGUGAGUCAUCCCUCUUUAAAAACUGCUUAA